AUGAACAUGGCGCCACCCUUGUCGCAGUAUAGCCAGUGCACUGAUACCAUUUAUUCGAUGGACGCUUUCCCACAGGAACCAGCUACGACUCCGUCAAAUCCUUUCGUCAACUACAGAUUGAUGCCUUCCUCUUCAUCAUGCCAGACAUUCCAGGAGACAGUGAACGUGAUGAGUUGCGGCUUGCAUUCGCCGACUGAUAGCGUUAUUGGUGACCCGUCUAUACAAACGAUCAAGGCAGUAUCGCCCAAUUUCGCUUGGAAUGGGAGUCAUCUUCUCUCGCCAGCGUCUCAAACGGACGGGUCAUUCUACGACUCAGAACACGCUGUCUGGGCCUCGCCUUCCCAAUCCUCCCCGAUCCGGGAGCGGAUGCCGCGGCCGAUUCGAAAGCGCUCCGCCACCUUCCCACAAGCGCAAAAUGUACAACAUUCGAUAGCAGCUCCGUCACAAUUAUACCGAUGUCACCAAGAAGAGGCUUUCGAGUGGAAUGCUGGCUCGGUUCCAGAUCUGAGCUGUCUUCUUCCAGAUCAUACAGCGCUUCAAGCAUCACAGGCUACAAGUUCACCAGAAUCUGGUUUAGCGCGGCAGAUUCGAGCAAGCCGGUGGAUGAUUCCUGACGCCACGUUUGCCCUGGAGCAAUCUGCGAUGGAUGGGUCUUUCAGCAUGCACCAGAUGAGUUCAAUCACUCAGCUCAGUGAUGAGAAUUGUUCGCACGGGACCGUGACAUCAAUCUUGUCACCUUCAAGUGCUUCGUCCUGGCGUCAACGCAUAAAUCCUCAUCGCAUCCAAAAACACCUCCCACGACCACCCUACGAAAACCCAUUGCAUGUGGUGAAGCGUGAAAUGAAAAUCAACCAAACUCGACAGCAAAAGACGAAAACAACGCACGAUAGGCUCGAAACCGCAUAUUUGAUGAUGAAAGAGGCGGAAGAGAAGGGGCUUCCGAAUCCUGCGGACUCGACAGCUAUGCAAGCUCUCACCGACCUGUGUCCGGUACUUUCGCAUACUGAAUUCUAUAUUCUCGGACGGUUUGCGGAAUGGUACCGCGGCACUUUCGGACAGAAAUGGAGCGUAGGUCAGCAUAUCUACACUUUAGCAUUGACAGGCGGUGGCAGUGAUUUCUUUGGCCAUUACGAUGAGAAAGUAAUGCAAGAGUUCGUGAACUUCCAGGUCAAGGUGAAUCGCCCCUGGUGUAAUGACCUGAAGGCAGAUCCUGGGACGCUCUGUUGGAAAUGUGUGAAAUACUUCGGACGUUUCCGUAAAAGUCCUUGUGAUAAUGAAUGGCAUGGUAGUCAUUGUUCGCCAUCAGGCUUGAGCGAUGUAUUCGACAUACACAACCGUGCAAUAAGGGCGGGACAUGUGAAUCAUUCUGGCCAAUGA